AGGAGAGCUGAAUCUUUCUCAGCUGGAAUUCUGGGAAAGGAUCCCGCCUUGCAUAUUGCUGAGGUAUCUACAGGGCGGGAGACAAUUGUGACUUCUGCUUGCCGUUUGUGGUCGAACUUCACUACAGAGAUUGAGAGAAGGAGGAGAAAGGAAGAAUGGAACGAGAAGGAGCAAUGAUUCCGCAACAAAGGCAAGUUCUCUUUCUCCUUGUUCUGCUGGGUGUGUCUGGGGCGGCCUCAGAGCCACAGCAGUUUUCAGUAGUGGAGGAGAUGGAGAGAGGCUCCUUUGUGGCCAAUGUAGCAAAAGUCCUGGGCCUGGGGGUGGGGGAGCUGUCGAAUCGGGGGGCCAGAGUCGUUUGCAAAGGGAACAAAGAGUAUUUGCAGCUGCACCCUAAAACCGGGGAUCUGCUCCUGAGAGAGAAACUGGAUCGGGAGGAGCUGUGUGGACCUGCCGAGCCCUGUGUGCUGCCUUUUAAGAUCCUACUGGAAAGCCCCUUUCAGAUUGUUCGGGCUGAACUAAGAAUACAAGACAUUAAUGAUCAUUCACCGGUGUUCUCAGAAAUUGAAAUGCUUCUAAAAAUCCCAGAGAGCACCUCCCCCGGGACUGUGUUUCUACUAGAAAAUGCUAGAGAUUUAGACGUAGGAAACAAUAGUCUCCAGAACUACGCAAUCAGUCCCAACUCCCUUUUCCAUGUUCAAAUUCGAAAGAGCAGUGAGGGCAGGAGAUACCCAGAGCUUGUGUUGGACAAAGCCCUGGAUCGGGAGGAGCAGUCUGAGGUCACUUUAACUCUCACUGCAGUGGAUGGGGGAGCCCCACCAAGGUCUGGAACUGCCCAAGUCCGAGUCCUCAUAGUGGAUAUCAAUGACAAUGCCCCCGUGUUCACUCAGUCCCAGUAUGAGGCUCAAAUCCCUGAGGACAGUUCCAUUGGAUCCAAGGUUGUCACAGUCUCUGCCACAGACUUAGACACAGGAAAUAAUGCAGAUAUAUCCUAUAUGUUAUUGUAUCCCUCUGAAAAUAUUCGUAAAACUUUUCACCUUAAAGAGAAAUUGGGAGAACUUUAUUUAAAGGAAAAAGUGGAUUUUGAGUCAACUGAAUCUUACAUUAUAAAUAUUCAAGCCACAGAUGGUGGAGGUCUUUCUGCAGAAUGUACUGUUAUUAUCCAGGUAAUAGAUCUGAACGACAAUCCUCCAGAACUGACUAUGUCUUCACUUACCAGUCCCAUCCCAGAGAAUUCUCCUGAGACAGUCAUCGCCGUUUUUGGUGUUUCAGAUCUUGACUCUGGUGAAAAUGGAAAGAUAGUUUGCUCCAUCCAAGAUGACCUUCCUUUUGCUCUGAAACCUUCUGUUGAGAACUUCUAUACAUUGGUAACAGAAGGAGCACUGGACAGAGAGAUCAAGGCUGAGUACAACAUCACUAUAACAGUCACAGAUUUGGGGUCCCCGAGGCUCAAAUCUGAGCACAAUAUCACGGUGCUCAUCUCCGAUGUCAAUGAUAACCCUCCCAUGUUUACUCAGAGAGCCUACAAAUUGUAUCUCCGGGAGAACAACAGCCCUGCCAUCCACAUUGGCAGUGUCAGUGCCAGUGACAGGGACUCAGGAAUCAAUGCCAAAGUCACCUACUCUCUGCUGCCUCCAGAGACUGGAGACCUGCCCCUCUUCUCCUACAUCUCCAUCAACUCAGACAAUGGCCAUCUCUAUGCUCUGAGAUCCCUGAAUUAUGAAGCCAUCCAAGCUUUCCAGUUCACUGUGAGGGCAGCUGAUGGUGGCUCCCCAUCUCUGAGCAGCCAAGUUCUGGUUCAAGUUUUGGUAGAAGAUGAGAAUGACAACUCUCCCUUUGUGCUGUACCCCCCUCAGAAUGGCACAGCUCCCUGCAAUGACCUGGUGCCCAGAGCUGCAGAGCCAGGGUACCUGGUGACCAAGGUGGUGGCUGUGGAUAGGGAUUGGGGACAGAAUUCUUGGCUUUCCUAUCAACUAAUCAAGGCCACAGACCCAGGACUCUUCACUUUGUUGGCCCAUAAUGGGGAAGUUCGAACAACAAGACCCAUCAGUGACAGAGACACCAUCAAGCAGAGACUCCUGGUGUUGGUGAAGGACAAUGGGCAGCCACCUCUGUCCACAAUGGCCACACUCAAUGUGCUCCUGGUGGAUGGCUUUUCUGAGCCUUACCUGCAACUCCCAGAUGGGGGUAAGGAGCAGGUCCAGAAUGACUCCCUUACCACUUACCUAGUCAUCUCCCUGGCCUGUGUCUCCUUUCUCCUCCUGUUCUCUAUUAUUAUGUUCGUUGCCAUUUGCCUGUGGAAGCGAAAGAAGGAUAGCACUGACAUUAGUUGCUUCACUUCCAAUGGCCCCUUCCCAAGACACUUAGUGGAUGUCAGCAGGACAGGGACCUUGUCCCAGGCUUACCAAUAUGAGAUGUGUCUGGCCAGUGGCUCUGGAACCAAUGAGUUUAAGUUCCUGAAGCCAAUUGUUCCCAUCCUUCCUACUUCAGAAGGAAAUGAGAACUCAAUUGAAAACUCAGCCUUAAGGGAUAGCUUUUGCUUCAAUUAGCUUUCGAAAUGUGCUUCAAUACAUAGAGGGCAGGUUUUAUGGAUUCUUUUCCUUCCCCCUCCCAUUAGUUGCUUGUCUCCCUGUAGCAUGAAAGAGUAGAUUUUUUUUCAAAACAGUAGAUUUUUAUACUAUUACAUUGCAUCAUAAUGUAUUUUUCUUCUCUUUCCCUCUCUACACACACUUUUUCCUCUUCUCCCUGCAUUUUGUCUCUGUGAUUCUUUCUCUCCUUCCUCUUUGGGUCUUUGAAUUUUCUCCCAGUUACUCUAUUACUCUUUUUGAAAUGAGUAAACCAUUAUAUGUUCUCUUUCUUAUUUGAAACUUAAAUUUUAACAUACCUCAAAUAAUUCAGCAAAUGUUUUUCAAGUACUCAAACUUAAUUGUGACUCCAUACUCUCAGAAUUAUUCUAUUAUGUGUCACCUACAAAGGAAUGUUUUCCAAGAGUUCAUUCUUAUUAUGACAGUGAAAAUAAUUGUUGCUCUCCUGAUUGGCAACUUAGGUAUCUGUUCUGACCUUCUGAGGGAUUUUUCUCCUCUUAUUUACCCCCCCCCCAUUUAUUAGUGAAAGAUCUUCAGAGAACAAUGAUGACCUUGUAAUCUACUAGCUGUGGCUCCUAGAGUUUUUGUAAUUACCCAUGUACUUUGAAAAAAAUUGAGAUCCAAGAUAUUUGCUUGAAUUUGGUUUUUAAAUGGAGUAUAGACAUCACUGAAAAUAUUCUUAUUUACGGUUUCUGAUGUCAAUCCCCUAAGUAAUGCCUAUUUUGGGGAAAUAAGAAGUACUAAUAAAAAACACUAAGCUAUUGAUGGAAAAAUUUGCUAGAAUACACUUUUAUGAAGCUAAUAAAGACAACUAUAUGGUAAAUUCUUAUGAAGAAAGAAUAUAUCUUGGUUUGGAGACAUUUGUGAAACACUAAAUUCUAACUUCUGAUCACUUAAUAUUCCAAUUACUUUGCACAUUAAUGAUGAUUUUCAAUCUUUGCAUGUUCUUAAUAUAAAUGUCAAGAAGUAGAGUAGUGCCUAUUGUUAUGGCUCUGGGAAGUCAUUCUUGUGAACUACUUUGUCUAUGUUUAUGCCACUUUAACCCCUUCAAUCCCAUAGAUUUCAAUUUUUACAUCCUUUAGAAGGCCAAGGCAUCUACCUCACAGGGUUGUGGUGAGGUUUAAAUGAGAUGAUAUUUGUAAAGAUCUUAGUACAUAAGUCUUAACUAAAUGCUUAUUCCUUUCCCUCC